GGGAUGAGCUGAGUGCGCGGGCGGGCGGCGCUCUUGUAGUUGGGUUUCCGCUGUGGCCCAUGUGAGCGGCUCGGCCAUUGUGUGAGGGAGGGAGAGCGAGUGAGGAGCGGCGCAGAGCGAAGCGGCCAGAAGCGAGUCGUCGGACAAGUUUUGACAAUAAACCCCGGCGGCAGCGCAGAUCGAUCCACCGGGGACCCAGUCCGCCCGCUCGGUCGGUCGGAGAGAGAAAAAAAAAUAAAAGCAAUCCUCGGCCGCGCGGCGCCCUCCCGUACCCUGUUUAGUCAGCGCGCUGUGCAGGCCGCUGGAGCCCAGCCCACAGCCUCGGGACCCGCGUACCUACUCAUUCCCCCCUCCCCUUCCCCACCCCCCGGCCUCGGUUCAUGAAGAAAUGUCGGCCACCAGCGUCCUGGACCAGAGACCGAAAGGCCAAGGAAAUAAAGUGCAAAAUGGAGCUGUUCAUCAAAAGGAUGCACUAAACGACGAUGACUUUGAGCCUUAUUUGAGCAAUCAGACCAGGCAGAACAACACCUACACUGCCAUGUCUGACUCCUACCUACCAAGUUACUAUAGUCCAUCUAUAGGGUUCCAGUAUUCAUUAAGUGAAGCUGCCUGGUCUACAGGAGGGGACCCACCUAUGCCCUAUCUGACGUCGUAUGGACAGCUGAGUAAUGGAGAGCAUCACUUCCUACCUGAUGCAAUGUUUGGACAGCCAGGAACUUUGGGGAACACUCCUUUCCUGAGCCAGCAUGGGUUUAAUUUCUUCCCUAGUGGUGUGGACUUCUCAGCUUGGGGGACCAGCAGUUCUCAGGGACAGUCCACUCAAAGCUCAGGCUAUAGCCCCAGCAGCUAUGCCUACCCUCCUAGCUCUCUGGGUGGAGCUAUGAUGGAUGGACAGUCAGCUUUUACUAACGAGACGCUGAAUAAAGCACCAGGUAUGAACAGCAUUGACCAAGGAAUGGCAGGACUGAAGUUAAGUGGUGGUGAGGUCGCUAGUAACGUAUCUAAAAUGGUAGGUUCUGCUGUUGGGAGUAAUCCUAUAUCGACUAUUUCAAAUAAUGCGAUACCUUCUAAUCCCAUGCCACCAACUACUAUCGCUCCCCCGAAACCAACUUCAUGGGCAGACAUAGCAAGCAAGCCAGCGAAACCCCAACCCAAGAAGGCAAAAGGUGGGUCUAGUGGACCAUCCCUUCCACCGCCUCCAAUUAAACAUAAUAUGGAUAUUGGUACCUGGGAUAACAAGGGGACUGUGGCCAAAAGUGCUCCUCAACCAUCAACUCAAGCCAGUGGCCAGCAGCAAAGCCAGCCACCUCAGCUGCCAGUGAGCCAACAGGUGGUGAACAUGCAGCCGCAGCAGGUGUCCUCGGGCCAGCAGCAGCAGGUGCCACCACAGCCAGUGCAACAGCAGCCACAGCCAAACCGCUGGGUUGCACCCCGCAACCGGGCAGCUGGCUUUGGCCAAAAUGGAGUGGAUGCUGGAGGCAUUGGGCUGGCGCAUGGGAAUUCAAAUUCAGCUUCUGUGGAAGCGCAUCCAGUCUUGGAGAAAUUGAGAUCUGUCAACAACUACAACCCCAAGGAUUUUGACUGGAAUCCCAAACAUGGACGCGUUUUCAUCAUUAAGAGCUACUCCGAGGAUGACAUCCAUCGCUCUAUUAAAUAUUCCAUUUGGUGUAGUACCGAGCAUGGCAAUAAGAGACUGGAUGGAGCCUACCGUACCAUGAAUGGCAAGGGCCCUGUUUACCUCUUGUUUAGCGUCAACGGGAGUGGCCACUUCUGUGGUGUCGCCGAGAUGAAGUCAACUGUGGACUACAACACUUGUGCUGGGGUGUGGUCUCAGGACAAAUGGAAGGGACGGUUUGACGUGAGGUGGAUAUUUGUGAAGGACGUGCCCAAUAGUCAACUGCGGCACAUUCGCCUGGAAAACAAUGAGAAUAAACCUGUCACCAACUCCCGAGACACUCAGGAGGUGCCCUUGGAAAAAGCCAAGCAGGUUCUGAAAAUUAUUGCCAGUUACAAGCAUACGACCUCCAUCUUUGAUGACUUUUCUCAUUACGAAAAACGUCAAGAGGAGGAGGAAUGUGUUAAAAAGAUGCUGCCAGACUCGCCGAGUAUUUCCAGCCCUUGUUUUUAUUCCAGCAUCCGCAGUAUUGCUUUCAUUUCACCAUCUGAACUUGCGUUAAGUCCAGCCAGACUUUCUUUUAACUGAACGUUCUGUUAACUGUAAAAUGAUUUUGUGGCAGUUCAUCUCCAUCCUGAUGGUCCACAAUUACCUCUAAUUUGGAAUUGUGUUGACAGUAUGAGAAAAUCACAGCGACUGGUGUAAUAAAUGGAAAAGCAUUAUUUGUAUGGUGGGGCACUUCUCUAAAGUUGGGGCAUAAUAAAGGGAGCGCUACU